UGGUCUGCUUGUCCCAUCUGUGGUUACAACACACAGCUUUCAACCCAAAGGCCCAAGGAAUCUGGCAGGGUUUAUUUUACUCUUGUAUUGAAAGUAAUUAAUUCACCUUCAAUAACUCACCUCCGUGUAGAUUAUGUUCUUCACAUGAGAGGUCUUUUAAGGAUAGUACAGAUAUGGAGCCAAAAUACAAUGUAAGUGUCUUGAGUUUUACAGGAAGGAAAUAGGUGAAGUAUUCAGUGAUAUUUAGUAUGCCGCGUUUAACCCCAUCCUUUGGUUAUCUUAAACAGUUGCAUUAUUUUUGUUUGUGUUUUACAGUUUUUGAGACAGUGUCCUUGAGUUCAGACUCUCUCUUCCAGAGGGCAGUUUCAAUUCUUCAUACUUCUUACUUGGACUCUGCAUCUGAGCAUGGUUUUCAGUACAGUCAAGUGACUUUGGUGAAAAAUGACAUUUUCUUAAAUGAGUACAAAACUUUUUACCAAGAAAAAAAAUCAAGUAAUUAUACUCAGGAAGAACUUCAAGAGACUUACGGGUUUCUUCUGUUUGAAACUGAAAAUCAGGCAAAGUUAGUGUGUCAACGCGGGCUGUGUGUGGGCAGCAGUGCUAGAACCACUCUCGGUGACCCAGCAAAAGGUGUGUAUAUUUCCAAAUACUCAGACUAUCUUCAUGCAAGACCAUGGUAUCAUGGGAAGUCUGGUUAUGUUGUAAUUUUUAACCUAAUUAAGGGAAAAGUCAAGUUUGUGUCUGAAAAUUAUACCACUAACUAUACUAGCCCAUCUUCUGGCUAUGAUUGCCACGUGGCUGCAAAUACUAACAAGGUUUCUCACAAGACGAGUCAUUUUCGCGCAUUUGAACUGAGUCAGUAUUACCUCUAUGAACUUUCAGGUAGCUCCGUUAUUGAGCGACCCCGGCAGAUCUGCCCUUAUGUUAUUGUAGCUUUUCAGUAUAGGGAGCCUAAAAGGAUGGCAGCUUCCGCUCGUAAAAGCAUAUUUGAACUCAGUGAAAAUGCUCUCACCUCUUCAUGGCAAGGCAAAUUAAUUAUUCAAGGCUGUCUGCUGUGUGAUAUAAGUCUUUGGUCCUCUUACGGUACAGCUGUUCCAAAGCAACUGCCACAUGAACUAGAUUUUAAGUAUGUAAUGAAAGUGUCAUCUUUGAAAAAAAGACUACCAGAAGCUGCCUUUAGAAAACAGAAUUACCUGGAGCAAAAAGUCUGUUGCCAAGAUAUGUGCUUCAGGAUGUAUGAGGUGGAACUGUCAAACAAACAAGGGGAAAAAAUAGAUAAACUAACAGAGUACAUUAAAAAUAAGCAAUUGGCAAUCAUCAAAUGCUUAGAAGAUCGGGGGUUUUUCAUCUUACUUACAUCAUCAGCCUUAAUACCAGAAACACAUUUUGGAGGUGGGCAGACGGGUCUACAUGGGUUACAUUUAUUCCAUCCAUCCCUUCCAGCAGGGCUGAAAGAAUUGAAAGGUGAAGAUGACAUCUCAUCGAAGGUGACACCUAUUUUACCUGCCCUUAAUUGUGCCCUGCUAGAAGCAAAGAAGUCAUUUACUGAAGAAGGAGUGUGUCCAAACACAUUAGUAAAGCAUGGUUUCCAAGAACUGUACAAGGUAGACCAAGGCCCUUCACUGACUGCCACUUCCCAAGAUGGGAUUCAAGAGACUGCAUUCUUUGGCCAACUGUCCGAUGGCUUUGACUUGGUUCCUCCAGCAGAAAAGUGCCCUUCACAGUCUUUAACUCAGUUGAAGUCUUAUUUUUCAGACCCUAGUGGGUAUGUUUUGGAAGUGUCUACUGCGUUAGAUUUAUUGGCAGACCGUCCUCAGUCCCCUUGUAUCUCAGAUGGAAUUUGUGACGCUGCAUUUUCUUUAGUUAUGACUCCAGAUCCUGAAUUUCUUGACUCAGAGGUAGAAGUAAGAAAAGAAACUGAAACCGAAAAGAAUCCUGAAGAAAUGUUUAAAGCCAGGCAGGGAGCUCUGGUUCCGUUAAGCGCAGCAUCAAAUCUGAGAGUUCAGCCUAAGAGAAAGGCAAGCGUACCACCCACCAUGCAGAGUAAAAGGGUGAGCUUGUGCCGCUCCUUCCCCAAAAGAAAUCCUGCCGGAGCAAGCAAGGGUUCAGACUCUCCAGCAACUCUCAAAUUAGUUAAAGGACCGUUCCCUCAGAAAAGAAAAAGAGAAGGCGCUGACAUGCCGGCCGCACAGUUUGUACAGACAACCACACUGCAUAGGAAAGAACAAGCAGCUCCCGUUUCUAAAGAUGCUCCACUGGCAACGAAUACUAAAAGGGCAAGGAAACAAGAGAAAUCUCCAGUCAAAACUGUUCCAAGGGCUAAGCCACCCAUGAAGAAAUCUCCACAAAAGCAGAGGGUAAAUCUAGUAAAAGGCAAUCAGAAUCCCAGAAUCAGAAAGCAGCCACAACCUGCAAAAGGAGAAACUGGUUCACAACUUCCAUCAGAAAUCUCAUCAGUUGGUCAAGAGGAUGUUAUUAGCAUAAAUGCAACUCAGACGGAAGAUAUCUCGGUGGCUCAAAAAGAUCUACCUGAAAACUCCAUUGUCAACUGUGACUCCCAAGCCCUCAAUUUGCUAGCUGACCUAGCAUUAAGUGCUGCUACUUCUACCACACCACCAUCUGAACCUAGGAACUUUCCCUGCGCUUCUGAAUCACCACAAAAUGAUGUUUUGCUUUCUAAAGAACAUUCUGUGUGCGGUACAUCUGACCAUGAGUAUCACAGAGGAGUUAAAAAUCAAAAAGGUGGACUGUUACCUAAGCCCUCCUCUGAGAAGAAGAGUAGUCCGGCGCCCGAUUCCCCCGUCAGCCAAGAGGAGGAGAGCGUGGCUCCUGUCAGUCCAGCCCCCGUGGAAGCCGCAUCAGCCCUUUCCGAGGAAACACUAGAAAGUAAUGAUGGAAGCCAAAGCUCUUUUGUUGCCGUGGAACAUUCCUAUGCCCUGCUCCUUGCGGAACAUUCAAAGAAGCAUCUACAGCAGAGAGGAACCUCCAGCCCUGCCUUCGCCAAGAACAGCCCCAAAGGCCCUGAGGCGGGGACCCCAGUGGGGAAAGUAAUGCCAUUCCGGCACCAGCAGAGCGCGUCCCCGCUGCAGAAGCUGUCCGAGGACCUGGUGCUCAAGCGCAGGAGCAGAUUGCUGUCCUCCAGCCUGAAGGACUUUCACUGCUCUCAUACUGUGUUCUGCUGUGACGGCUCCUUUAAGGUCACUUUCAAAUGUGACACGGAGUAUGUGUUCAGCUUGGACAGCAAAUAUACCAACAACCCGCUGGAGAAAACUGUAAUCCGAGCACUACAUGGGCCCUGGAACACUGACUUACCUGAUAACGUGGAAGAAGUGAAGCUUUUACUUCAUAUGUGGGUAGCUCUGUUUUACAGCAAUCAGAACAAAGUCAUACGGUCAUCCCGAAAAGUGGUAGAACACAGCAACCCAGCAAAAUAUGUGUCUAUAAAUAGCACAUUAGAAUCUUUUGAAUUCAGUGAAAUUGAGGAGUCCUCCAGUGUGGAAAGAUGUUCUGUAGACCCUCUGUUGGAGACCAGUGAAACUCCCACAGGUCAUGCUGCCGACAUGUCCUUCCCUGACACUAACUCCUUGCUUCCCUUCAUGAAACCACCACCCACAGGAGGCUUGGAAUUCUGGGUACAGAAUGAACAGAAAGAAAUUUUUGCAGAAGAGGGUCAUCCAGUUUCCCCAGAAAGCCAGAAUUUCAUUUAUUCUUGUAAUAAUGAGAUAAUGGGGGGUAAAGCCAAACAAGACCCAUCAGAUAAACUAGAGACUUCUAAUCUUGGAAGUACCCAAACUAAUGGACCUUCUAUUCCUAGUGAAGAUAAAACCUUUGAGCCACUUGAUAGCACAAGAGUGACUCACAAUGAUACUAUCACACAAACCACAUUCAGCAAGACUUACGAUGGGCUCAGCAGUCAGUCGGUGACUUGUCAGAAGUCUGUGUACAGCACCCUUGAAAGCAAAGUUGAUAUUUUUCAUGCAGCAGUGCAAACAAAAACUAGUGCUUUACAGGGCCUCAUCCAGCAGAGCAGCCCCAUGAGCAAAGAAUGUCAGCCUUCAUUGGAGAGUAAGGAUGAUACAGAGUAUGUGAUGAUUAAUCUGGAACCAGUUACAUUCACUUUUGAAAAAAACACCUAUGUACCAAUACAGACAGAAGUUGCAAAUAGAAGCGAUGAACCUACAACCUUUAAUACGGAGUUGAUUAAGCAAGUGUCACCUGCUCCGAGUCUUAGACAUCCUGUGUCAUUUGAAAAGGCACAAACACAAGGCCUUAGGGAUGUUCCCUCUCCAGCAAUGUCCAAACAAAAAGGCACUAAGUACCUUUGUGCCUCCUCAGUUAGUAAAGAGACACUUGCAAAAGAAAUGUGUUCGUGUUCGCUACAGAAAGAGAUUCCCGCUCCAAGCUUAUCAUCACCAUCUGAUAAUUCGAGGGUAGCUGAGGCGUUGUCAUUAGUUAAAAGUUCUAAUUAUUCAUCACCCAGGGAAGAAAUGAAACUCACUCAAGAAUUUUUCCUGCAGACUCAGAGUCUCCUUGGCAUAUCUUCGGAAGAAAUCAUAGAGCCAUCCCAGGUUGAAGAAGUGGUCUCGGCAUCUGCCUCCACCACUUUGGGAAGAAAUGCCUCACAUAACUGCAUUCCGCCAAAGGGCGAUACGGCAGGUAGCUCCUCGGAACCAGUGAGUGACAGGAGUGCUCUAAAGAGUGAACAUAGGAAUUUUGAACCCUUCGAUUCAGCUUUUACCAAGCAAACCAGCCUCUCUGUGAGUAGAGAGGAGGCCAGCCUGGAGUUCUCCGAGGACGAUUCUGACAUUGACCUCACUCUCACAAUAUCGCCACCCACCAGCCCCAGAGAAGAGAUGCCUGCGGGGGGACUAGAGCUGAGGCAGGAGGCCCCCGUGUCGAAUCUGGAACUUCAGGAUGCGACCGAAGAGAUAAUCAGGCCAGAAGAGGUGACUCUCCUAGAAAACCCAGAAGUGGAUUCUGCUGAUUUUACAUCCGUAUUCCCUACAGUGCCAGAGAAAUCGUUAGAAAGUAAGGAGAGAAAAGGUGAUAAUUUACAAACAGUUACCUUAAUACUUUCUAAAGAAACUUGCGCCCUUGAGAUUGCAGAGGAAGUGAACGUUACCUCAGACUUUCCCUUUGCCUCUUUAAUUGAAGAAGUGUCACCAGCUUCCAGUCCUGACCCUCAGGAUCCGGUCGAAGCAGCACAGCCAUCUCAGGCCUUGCCUCUGUGUAGUUUACAACUGGCCGAUACACAGCGGGAGACAAAUGCCAGAUUCUCCCGGAUCGAGUCGGUAGAUUCGGCCUUCACGGAGAAAGGAAAUUCUUUUGUUGGUCCUGUCCAUCCAGUGGGACAAGAUAACCUAACUAGAGUCCAGCAAAUGCAGCUUUCUGCUGAAAUGCCACUAGUAGGAAGUAAGCAUCCAGAAAGAAAAGAUGGCCAUUUGACCCUUCCUGGUAAAGUAACUGAGGAAAUUGUCCCAGGGGAGCACGGUGAGGGUGAGGGUUUGUCUUUCUCAGAAAAGGUGCCAUGCUGUGAUACGGAGCUGGGCCAGCCUGCCCCAGCUGCCAAACACGGAGAGGACAUCAAGCCUUCUCUAGAAAAAUUGGUGACAUCGGGAAAUCCACUGCAGCCAGUUAGCGUACAGAACAGGAAUUUAAGUCCUCUUGUCUUGGAGACCGGUGAGCCUCCAUUUAGUCCUAGAAAAAUGACUGAAAAUAAGUUUUUGGCAGACACAUUUGUUUCUACAACUGCUCCAAGUGGUACAGUGAAUGUGUCACUAAGACAGCCGACCAGCCCUAAAAGUAUUAAAAAUCUCUUUAGCAGUGAUGGGAAGACAGAUGAAGGCGUUUACGUGCAAGCUCAGUCCUUGAGCUCUGGCUCAGUUGGUGGAGCUGAUACACGGACACACGGACACUCAGAGAUCCCCAAACUUGCUUUUCCCUCAGAUGGUGCUGCCUUACCCCACUGUCCCAGACCCACGAACACAGAAACCGGGUUCCAGACACAGGAAGUCUCAGUAGUCAGAAUGGCCAGUUUGCUGAAGAAUAGUGACACUGAGGCCAAAUUCCAUGAAGAAAUCACAGAUCUAGGAAGUGUUGACUCCCAGUCAAGCACCACAUCUCCAAAAGGCAAACAAAAAACAAUUCAUGGGCUGCAAGAUAGGGCAGUGUGUGAAACAAAAGAUCUGCUGAACGCUGGGCUUUUCCCCAUGUGUGUACCUGGGGAUUCAUACCAUGAAACAGCCAUCACCGGUGAAAAUACCAGUAGAGAGCCCUGUGCUUCCGUCGUUCCCCAGUCUUGUGCCCCUCUUGUUGGUGGAGUGUCUGAAGAGCAGACAGCAGAUAAGGGCUCUGGUGAGGGGCUUAGAGCCGAGGAGGACUCGGGGACCGUGGGUGGGGGCGUGGGUGUCUGUGUGAAUUCUGACGUCCGUUGUGAGCCACUUUCUGCAGAGUCCGAUCUAGACUCUUGGGACUGCAGAAAUCCCAAAUCAGAGGGAGAGGCUUCCUGCACUUUGAGGUAUAGUCAAACCAAGAAAGAAGAAGAUGCUUCAAAAGAGGAUUAUGACUCUUUCCUGAGCCUAAAUAACAGUGAUAAUGAAGAGUGGGGCUACUCUGCCCAUGCCCCAGGGCUGGAGACGGGCAUUGCUCCCAGACACUGGCUCGUUGGAUUCAAGAAAGAAGAGAGGUGUGUGCCAUCUUAUAUCCAGAUCCGAGACCUCCGUGGCAUCCCCAGGACUUACGCUAAUUUCACCGUAACUAGAGAGCUCACAGAUACCACGAGAACUUUGCACAGCCUGAAGAGGCACCCCAAUUUCACUGCAAAAUGUGGCUUGCUCAGCUCCUGGACAGAUACCUGGCAGGUGGCAGAUGACCUCACCCAGAACACUUUAGAUCUGGAGUAUCUGCGUUUUGCACAUAAGCUAAAACAAAUUGUAAAGAAGGGCGAUUCUCAUCAUUCUGCCUCCUCCACCAAUGUCUUUCCAAAGGAGCCCCCUCUAACUGGUGCUGGAGCCUUCCCUCUGACAACAGUGCCCGAGUCCCCGGCUCUGCACCUUGCAUCCCGCAGCAGAAGCCCCCUUGUGGUAACAGUGGUGCACUCAGGCUCCCGGCAGCAGGGCCCGCGCAGGACCGGCCACGCGCUCGGCAGUUUGGACAGUUCUUCCUUUUGGAAGGAGAGCUGUGGUCACAAUAGAAAUCAUCUUGCAAAUUCCGAAAGAAAUCAGACUGUUUCAUUCCACCUCAACAAACUGAAAUAUAACACUACUUUAAAAGAAUCCCGGAACGAUAUUUCACUUAUUCUCAAUGAGUACGCUGAAUUCAACAAGGUGAUGAUGAAUAGCAACCCGGUCGUUUUCCCCGAGAAAGAGUCCACCAUGGCUUCUGGAGAAGCCUCCUCCCGAGAGCUGUAUUCCUCUUUCCCACGGGCAGCCUCCUAUGAAGACAUGAUCACAGACCUGUGCACCAGUUUGCACGUCAAACUGAAGAGUGUGGUCCAAGAGGCCUGUAAGAGCCCCUUCCUGUUCUACGUCCUGGAGACCGAAGACCAGUCAUUCUUUGUGAGAACAAAGAGUGUCCUGAGGAAAGGAGGCCAUACGGAAAUUGACCUGCAGCAUUUCUGUCAAGGCUUUCACAGAGAGAAUGACACGCUGCUAGUCGUCAUCAGAAAUGAAGAUAUAGCGUCACACCUGCAUCAAAUUCCCUCUUUGCUGAAGCUGAAGCACUUCCCCAGCGUCCUCUUCGCUGGAGUGGACGGCCCUGAGGACGUGCUCGAGUACACCUACCAAGAGCUAUUUCAGACGGGAGGCUUUGUGGUCUCGGAUGACAAGAUCCUGGAAACCGCCACGUUAGCUCAGCUGAAGGACAUGGUCAGGACCCUGGAGAAGCUGAACAGAAACGGGAGGUGGAAAUGGCUGCUUCACCACAGGGAAAACAAAAAGCUAAGACAAGACGUCAGAGUGGAUUCAGUUGCACGUAAGAAGAACUUAAUACUGAAAUCCUAUCAGAGUGCAAAUCUCAUCGAACUGCUUCCUUAUCACCAGUGUGACUCUCGAGCACCAUCAAAAGCAGAACAUUUAAAAUGUCUGCUAAACCUGCAAAUUCAGCACAUCCACGCCAGGUUUGCGGUGUUCCUAACAGAAAAGCCCACCGUCUCCAGAGAAGUCUUUGAAAAUAGUGGCAUCCUUGUUACAGAUGUAAAUAACUUCAUUGAAAAUAUACCAAAAAUAGCAGCUCCGUUUAGGAGUAGCUAUUGGUAAGGACACUUUCCAGAACUCUCCUGUGUGAACGGGACAGCACAGAUACUGACAUUCGUAUUUGUGUCCGAGGACACCAGUUGUUGGCAAACUCUGUUCUUUACCUUCUACAUCAUGCUGUGAAUUUUAAAUCUGUGCUAGGGGUGGAAUCACUGUUGGUUUGGCUCAAGUGGGAAUUUCUGAAGGAUCCACCUACUUCAGAGUAACCCAUUUCAUCUGACACCAGUUGUCACCUGCAGUUCAUCUUGUUCCCAGGACAGAAGAUGCAUAGAAGUCCCCGUUCGACAGUCUCCUGUUUCUAAAACAUUUCUUGGUUGUUCUAAGAUGAAAUUAUCAAUUUUGUGUUUAUCCAGGUGAUCAGCUGGCCGAGACGGCGAUGCCACCACAACCAAUUCCUAGUUUCCUUUUACUUUGAAAACUUUUUAGAUAAAACAGUUUUCUCAUAUUUGAAAAAUCAAUAUUCUACAACUUGAGAGUUUUCCUUCAUUUCUUUACACUUUGCUAUAAAAUCUUGGCCUUCAUUCACAGUGGGAUGUCAGCUGUCCACUAGCUUUGGGUUGCAGUGUUCAGUAUUAUUGUUUUAAAUUAUUUUCAUUUUAUACAGAGAGCCUUCAAAGCUAUUAAUUAAGCUCAAUGUUAAAAAGAUUUUUACAAACACGUUUACUUAGUUGUAGCAAAAAUAAGUAUUUUAACGGAUAGCUUUGUUUUUGCAUGUUCCUCUCUGAAAAGCGUUCUGUAGUGCAUGUUACACUCAGUUGUAAAGGCUUUACCACCCUCGUGAAAGCUAGGAUUGUAUGUGGUUUGUUUGCUGUUAUUCUGGCAACACUACAGUAAGUUCUGUGUUACAGAUUUAUAAACUGUCAGUUUCCACUUACUCAGUUUUUGUAAAUACUGCACUACAAAAUCAACCCUCUGAGGAAGAAAAUCAUUUAUUUAUGGUAUUAGAAAUAAUUUCUACCGUAAUCUUUAAACUCAAAACCAAGCAAAAAAUGUUUGUAGAUACACAGUAUCUAUUUGGAACAAGUUUUUGUAACUGAUUUCAUUUUUUUUAAUAAAGACAACUGAAAAA